CAGUCACAGAGCUUGGGAGCAGCGGCAGCUUCUCGCACUCGGACUCCAGCGCCAAUCCGGACCCCGAUCUAGAUCCUCUCCAGCGGCGGCGCAAGGAGCAAAGCUCCCAGCAACAACUUCCUCCACGCGGCUCCGCCACCCCCAGGAGCCCCGGGUGCGCCCCCGCAAUCUCCGCGCGUUGCACCUGCCACCACUGAGCGAGCCCAGGCGCCCGAGUGAGCUAUGGCCAACGCGGGGCUGCAACUGCUGGGCUUCAUCCUGGCCUUCCUGGGCUGGAUGGGAGCCAUCAUCAGUACGGCGAUGCCCCAAUGGAAGACUCACUCCUAUGCGGGCGACAACAUCGUGACGGCCCAGUCCAUCUACGAGGGGCUGUGGAUGUCCUGCGUGUCACAGAGCACAGGGCAAAUCCAGUGCAAAGUCUUCGACUCCUUGCUGAAUCUAAACAGCACAUUGCAAGCAACCCGUGCCUUGAUGGUGGUUGGAAUCCUGCUGGGACUAAUAGCCAUCUUUGUGGCCACUGUUGGCAUGAAAUGUAUGAAGUGCCUGGAAGACAAUGAGGUCCAGAAGAUGCGGAUGGCUGUCAUCGGGGGCGUGAUAUUUCUUAUUGCAGGUCUGACUGUUUUAGUGGCCACAGCAUGGUAUGGCAAUAGAAUUGUUCAAGAAUUCUAUGACCCCAUGACCCCAGUCAAUGCCAGGUAUGAAUUUGGUCCAGCUCUCUUCACUGGCUGGGCUGCUGCUUCUCUCUGCCUUCUGGGAGGGGCCCUACUUUGCUGUUCCUGUCCCCGAGAAUCAACAUCUUACCCAACACCACGGCCCUAUCCGAAACCUGCACCUUCCAGUGGGAAAGACUACGUGUGACACAAGCAAAAGGAGACAGCCUUGUUGGAACAAACAGAAAAUGGACAUUGAAAUACUCUCAUUGACUUUAAGACCUUGAACUUUGACUAUUGUAGUCUGAACUAUGGGAUGACAAACAAACAAACAAACAAACAUUUUUUUAAAAUAUCCAUUGCUAAAAAUAACUUAGUCCUAUUUUAUCUCCUUUCCUUAAUAUGGGAGGGAAUCAUUUUCCACUUGUAUUACUGCCUCCCACUGAGUAAUUAUCUCAAAUGUGGGGAGGAAGAGCUCCUUAAAUAUAGAUAUGUAGAUAUACAUGUUUUUCUAUUAAAAAAAUUAGAUAGUAGAAUCUCUUCCUACAUUGUCACCAGCAUACUUAAAAUAUAUCUUAAAAUAUAUAUUUAAGUCUAUAAUGUUUAAAUAAGCAGUGUAUUUGGUAUGUCCCUUCUUUCUAUAUGUAUACAUAGAAGUCAAAUAUCAUUUACCCUCCUUUAUCAGCUUUAGUGUCUUUGACAUCAGACCUAACCUACUACACCAAGUACCGAUUCUUUCAAUUCUUCACGUGUGCCCUUUCGAAUACUUCUUUUACUUUUUUUUUUACCGUGAUCUUAUAGCACUUGCUUUGUCGUCAGUCAUUCUUCAUACCUUUAUUUGUUUUUUAGUAGGUUGGGCUUAACUCUUGAAUCUAAUAACACAUUUCAUAAGCCUACUAUUUAAUUUCUAAAAUCAAUAAGAUUACCUUACAACUCAGAGCUUUGGGGGCAGAUCAUUCUGCAUGACCAGAUAAUAUAUCCCCGUUGAUCUUCCCACCUGAUCUCUGUACUCUGACCUGUAACACUUGUUUUGCUUUGAAAAUAUUUGUUCAUUGAAUAGCUGCUUUCCCUAGUGUUGUAACACAAUUUUAUUGACGAAAUUUUCAAGCGACUUAUUUACAGUUGUAAAUCUUCCUAACUACAGUUUCCUACUCACUCCCUCCUCACCUAUACUGUUUUUUCAUAUGUAAUUAUCAUGUAGCUUCCCUCUCCCCAGAGAGGUUUGGUCUGUUUGUCUUCAUGAAGUGCUAGAUUUUCUGUAGUGAUAAUCUGGUGACAAAUAUUCUCUCUGUAGCUGUAAGCAAGUCACUGAUCUUUCUCCUCUUUUCUCAUCUGUCAAAUUGAGAUAAUGAUACUUAACUAGCUGGUGGAGGUGGUGUGAGUAUUAAUUAGUUGGUAUUAUACUCAUUCUUUGAACAUGAAAUAUGUCUAACUAAUGUUUUUAUUUGCCCAAUUGGCUGUUGGAAGUCAUUGAAGCAAACCUACACACACGCCUUCACAUUGUUCAGCACCUUCUCUUCUCCUCCAGUCCAUUUCUUUUCUUUCAGCUGUGUCAAGCAUGUUGUUGGGGCUCUGUUCCAUUUGAACAAUUGCUCUUCGUUUUCCAGUCUGUGGAAAAUGCUACUUCAUUGGAGCAAGAUGAUGUAAUGAAAAGGGUGUCGGCGUUGGUGUCUGGAGACCUGAUUGGAGUCUUGGUGCUAUCAAUUACUGUCUGAGUUUGGGCAAGGCACUUGGCUGGCCUAGAUGUAUUGUUUCAUCUGUAAAAAGGGGAUUGUAAUUCCUGACCUGCCUCCCUCGCAGGGCUUUUGUGGAAAUUCAGUGAGAUGGAAUAUAUGCAAAUGUGGUUUGUAAGGUGAAAAGUAUCAUACUAGGCAAAACAAAAAAAACAAAAAAAAAAAACAACUAAGGAACUUAAGUGCAUACGUUUUGGAUUACUUUUCAAAUGAUUGCAAAGAGAGAAAUUUUAAGAAAUAGGUCUCGCCUUAACCAAUCUCUGAAGUGAUAAGACACUACAGUGAGAUUCAGUUUACUAAGUGAAGAGGAUUCUACGGAAGUCAGUUUCUUCAGUCAGUAUGGCCUGAUGCUUUGUGUGGCUAUUUGUUUCUACUUUUAGGAAUACAGACUUGACCUGGGACAAGUCUGCAGAUACAAUGGGUAAAACAGAAGUGUAAGUGUUGGCAAAGCCAAAGUCUGGAAGAUUUAUUUGAAUUAUGAUAACUUCCAAGGGUACUCAAGAUGUAAAUCUGUUAAAUGAUGCGGUGGGAGGUGUUGCUGUUAGCUAGCGACACUGCUAGAAUCAUUCAUGGGGGGGGGUAAUUCAUAGUGAAACUAUAUGGAAAAGUUAUCCAAAGAACUGCAACAUAUAAGGACUUGAACCUAGUAAAUUUUAGUGUGUCUUCCAAAUCUGAGAGUCUAUGCUUCUAGAAGGUAUAAUUUAAAGUGCCUUCGCUACAUCCAUAGAUCCUAACGAUGUGUGACUAUAAAUGCAUGUGGUGUUUAGUUGCUAAACUCUACAAAUAAAUCUAUAAUCCAAAAUGACCAACAGAAGUAUUACACCAGAAUUUAUUCAAUUUUGAUAUUUUUGUACUCUGCUACUACACCUGGAAACAGACCCAAUAGAUAUUAUAGGAGUUUGUAUGGGAGUUUGUAUAAAGCAUUAUUCUUUUUCAAUAAGUUGAUGGGUUUUUUUUUUAAUAAAAAUAUAACUCCUUGC